AUGUCUACCACAAUCGGCUCAUUCCUUGCCGGAGGUAUUGCAGCGUGCGGUGCUGUGACUGUCACCCACAGUUUCGAGACCGUCAAGAUCCGACUACAAUUGCAGGGUGAACUGCAGGCGAAGGGCGAUGCGGCGAAGAAGUACAAUGGUGUCUUACAUGGUAUCAAGACUAUCCUGCAGAAUGAGGGCCCCAAGGGCCUGUUCCGGGGUAUCGGAUCUGCGUACGUCUACCAGGUCUUGCUCAACGGCUGCCGUCUGGGAUUCUACGAGCCCAUUCGUUCCAACGUCACCUCUGUUUUCUACAACGACCCCACGGUCCAGUCACUCGGUGCCAACGUCUUUGCCGGCGCUGCCUCCGGUGUCAUCGGUGCUGCUGCCGGCUCACCAUUCUUUUUAGUGAAGACCCGUCUCCAAUCCUAUUCACCUUUCCUUCCCGUCGGUACACAGCAUAACUAUAAGAACUCCAUCGACGGCCUCAGCAAGAUUUACCGCGGUGAGGGUAUCAAGGGUAUAUAUCGCGGUGUUGGGGCUGCGAUGAUCCGUACGAGCUUUGGCAGUUCGGUUCAGCUUCCCACAUACUUCUUUGCCAAGCGUCGCCUCAGCAAGCAUUUGGGUAUUGAAGAGGGGCCCGCCCUUCAUUUAGCCAGUAGCGCGGCAUCCGGUUUUGUUGUCUGCUGCGUCAUGCAUCCGCCUGACACCAUCAUGGCUCGCAUGUACAACCAGACUGGUAACCUAUACCAAGGUGUGUUUGACUGUCUGUACAAGACCAUCCGUACAGAGGGCAUGUUGGCAAUUUACAAGGGGUUCUUCGCCCAUUUGGCCCGUAUCUUACCCCAUACUAUCAUCACUCUGAGUCUGGCUGAGCAGACAAACAAGCUGAUGCGUCGGGCCGAGGACCGAUUCCUCUCUGAUUCCCUCCGCGAAAAAAUAUAA